AGUUGGAUGACCCGACGUUGGACGUUGGGUUGAGCGCUCAAGUAAAAGUAAAAUUGUGCCGCACAUCCGGGUAGAGAGCUUAGCAUAACAAAAAAAGGAACUUUACCGCUACAUCGGUUCAACAAAAAACACACGAUACAGCUAAUCGCUACGCGACAUCCCCUAUUUUGCAAGGUAAGUUCCAAAAUUAAACUGACCUUCGACUGAAAUAAAAACUUUUAGCAAAUCCAGUGGAGCGCUCACAACAACAACAAAAAUAACUGACACCUAUAUUUAGUCAUAGCAAAAACAUCUUUAAUUUCUUAACUUUCACAGCAUCUUUUAUUUGUAAAUUAGAAAAUGCUGGGUGGCUGUUUUGUUACGCCAGCGUAACGACAUAUGGUUUAACCAGUGUAUUUAUUUAAACUGAAGGUAUCAUUAAUUUUGAAACUUUCACAAGAACUUAUUCUGCAACAUCAAGAUUACACAGGGUGACCACAGGUCUGUGUUCAGGUGGUGUUUUACAAAUGGGUUGAAAAUCCUUACGUCUAAAAAUGCAAGCUGCUUCCUGUGCUAAAAACCUCGAGGACCUAUGUUCAGUCGUGCUUCGUUUGUGGUGUUUAAUUUUUUCGAUAAAGGUUCUUCAGAGAGAGGCUGUAAAGGAGACUUUAUGCGCAUGUCGUUGUACACCUCGUUCAACAGCUUGGCGAAGAAAUCUCUGAUAUUGUUACGGCGAUGAUAAAGAAAUCCACUUUUUUUACACGACGGCAUGGCAUGGUUGACAUCAAACGUGGACCAACAUGCUGAAAUGGAGAGGGAAUAUACUUUACACUCCAUCUGUCUGUAUAAAAUGCUAACGGCAUCGUUAAAUUCACGUUCGUUCAUUUUGAAAUUCUCUAACUCAAGCGGCAACGUUAUUAGCCAGCUCGAAGCUCUUCUUUUUUUCGCUAAAUCAUUUACAGGCAGUUGCUCCUUAGUCAUUUAGACACUGAGAUCUUGUAAACUGUAGUUUUUUUCUAUCGUCUCUUGAUUGGAUAACGUUUUUUAUGCUUUGUUAAUUUCCUUGACGUCCUUGGUUAUUCGUCUUGGCCUUUGAUCAGGGAGGUAAGUUGUUUGGCGACAAGCUUUUAUAAUGCUUGCAAUUUCUUUAAAGAUUAGUAAUGCCAGAUCAAAUUUAUUUACAUGCAGCGACAAGAAAACGCCGUUCAUCUCGACUGCAAAACUGUCAACUAGUCAGUGCUGGUAUCCUUCUGUUAUUGAUGAUCUCGUCCAGAACUGCGAGAUGUUCCCCAAGACCAGGUACAGUGCGAAGAAAAUAUGUUAGUUUAUGUGGAAAACCACUAACAGAAUUUCUGUAUGGUGCACGAGGUUCUGAUUUUAAAAACCGUGACAGAAAUUACAUUUAAAUGUUCAAAUAUGUUCUUCCCUUUAUUGUUAUGUUAACUCCGUACCAUCACAAAUUUCACUUCCUUGACAAGCAAUCACCAUUUUUCACGCUUUUGAAUAGUAUCUAAGUUUUGUACCUCCUUUAGAGUCAUCCAUCCAGCAAGCAUGGACACUGACAUGUUCUCUUAUCCCACAGAGGCGUCAACAAAAGCAAGAUAUUUUAUUUGCACACCCAUACCAUCAUUGCUAGAAACCAGUGGAAUGAUUUUUGCCAAGAGCGAUGUUAUUUCUAUUGCGUAGAUUAGCAUUGCAAAAGCAAACUUUCACAAGCAGUCUAAAUGCUUUCAUGUAGCAGCAGCCCCUAAAAUUAGCGUCGGCAUUCGGCACUGCUGACGUGAUUGCCGACGUAAAAUGAGAAAAUACCGUAGUUGCGUCGGCAAAAAAAUUGCCGACGUAAUUUUGUUGUGAAAUUUUUAAAAACAACAACUCAUUUUCAACAUCAACGAAGAAAAAAAUUAACAAAGAAUUAAUUUUUAUUUUGGCGGACUUUUAAGAACAUGUGAUCAUGUAUAUACGAUGUCCCUGAGGUGUCACUGGGUCCUUCCCAAUUUUCACUCAGACCUUCCCAAUUUUUAACUCAGACCUUCCCAAUUUUUAACUGGGACCAUCUCAUUUUCAACCAGACCUUCUUUGAUUUCACAGCGCCGAGGACCUACAAAAACUUUCAAAGUUAGACCCAGACCGUUCGCGAUGUAAAAAUGGUAGACAUACAAAUAUAAACACACGUGAAGGGAACAGCAGAAAGGGAUUUUUAGCAAAUAGAUAAUGGUUGGUGAAAAUAAGAGGAAAACAGAAGCAAGAUUAAGUGGUUUAAUACUUAAAAUCAGGAGGAAGGGAGAAAAUGAACGAAAAGUUGAAGAAAGGAAGGUAUUUUUUUACUCUAAUCUAAGUAUACUACCAAGCUUUUGGUAUUUGCAUGUCGUCAUGAAUUUAUAGCACAAGUCAAGUAGGUAUGCAUGUCUGAAAUUCUCCUUAUAUUAUGUAGCUAUAGGGUGGCUAAUAGCUUAAGUCUGUAACAAGUUUAUCAGGCGAAAAAACGUGAAAAAUUAACUCGCAGGUAUCUAGCUACCACAAAAUUGUAAGCUUUUUAUCCUUUUUUAAACAAAUUUUAUUGCAAUGUAGCUAUAUGGAGAACUUCUUGACGUUCUAGGUUCAUGUUCGGUGGAAAAGAUUCGAUGUUGAAAAAGGCAGUGCUGUUAUUGUGUCUCAAAAAUAGGUUCAUAAUGGUGGAGGACAACAUACUGUUAUCCGCAAUUAAGGAACGAGCAGAGAGAUUAUUCUUUUCAAAUGAAGGAAAAUGUUAUUUCGGAGAAACAAUCGAUGAAUGUUUUACAACUCUGACUAACUCUGCUGAUGAACCACUUGACGAAAAUUUGUCCUUAACAGACUAUUUAAGCAACAAUGGUUUGUAUUUGUCAAAGAUGUACCUUGUUUUGAAUACCAGAAAACGAGAAGAUGCAAGUCCUCCAAGUAAUUCUAUGUGUGUUCCAAUUCCUAAUUUGGAUUUUGGAAAUGACUUCUUGGUUGCAGAAGAAGAUGAUCAGCAGAUUGUUGACGUUCCUGAAACUGUACCAAAUCCUGGUUUCCAUGGUGAUAACAUAGUCGAUUUGGAAUCUGGAAUUGUACCUGACCAUCAAAACGAUAAUAAUCCCAAUUUUGAAUUUGAAGCUGGUACAAAUCAUCAUUAUAAUUCUGUCAUCAAUUUGGUAUACGAAGGUAACCCUAACCAAGUUGAUAACCUCGUAGAUUUGGAAUCUCCAGCCACCUUAAACCAUCGUGACACAACUGUGGAUUUGUCAUCCCACGCUAGCUCUAGCCACGCUAACUUGGAACCAGAUAGCAACGAAGUAAAUUUGGUUCUUUCUGAUGGUAUUAAAACUAUCAAAGUUCAUAGGUUGCGCUUGAAGGAAGAUAUGAUCAACGGCUUCAAACAAAUAAUGGAAAACGAUAAAAUAAAGUUCACAAUUAUUGAUCCACGAGGAGAAGAAGAAAGUGGCGUUGGUAUUGGAGUUGACAGAGAUUUGUAUACAUCUUUUUGGAUGGAGGUUGCUGAUUCUCUCUGUAUUGGAACAUCAGAAAGGGUACCUUUCAUAAGGCAUGAUUUGUACUUUGAGGAAUGGGAAUCAAUUGGAAAAAUACUGAAACAUGGAUACACCAAAACUGGAUAUUUUCCAAUUUUUUUAACCAAAGCUUUUGUUACGUAUUGUUUAUUUGGGGACACACCGCUCUCUAAUGAUCUGCUCAUGGAAUCUUUUUUAAACUUUGUGUCACCAAUGGAUGCAUCAUUAUUAAAAGAAGCCCUGAAAACCACUAAUCAAGGAAUAUACAAGGACGAGGAUUUCAUAGAUCUUCUAGACCGCUAAACUGUAGAUCCAGUGUUAAUCCACUCAAUGUUUAUGGAGUUGUUCUUGAACUUGCACAGCAAGAAAUAAUACAAAAACCGUUCAUCAUGGUUUGCAGUUGGGCGAAAACACUACAAUGUUUAAAAGAAUAUGAAGAAUUUUCAUCAAUAUAUUUCUUGAAAAACUUUUACGAUGCUGUUACACCUUCUACCAAAAAAGUUAUAAAACUAUUCGUUGCAGAUCCGAAGACAGAAGGACAACGAUGUUGUUACAAAUAUUUGCUUCAAUAUGUUCGUGGGCUUGACAAUACUGAUCUUGUGAAAUUGUUGCGAUUUUUGACAGGUUCAGACAUAAUUUUAUGUAGAAAAAUAGAUGUGUCAUUUGUUGAAAUGGGUGAAAAUGCUGCCAGAAGACCAAUUGCGCAUACGUGUGCGCCUUUAUUGGAACUGCCGUAUUCGUAGCGCAACUUUUGUGAACUCCGGGAAGAAUUCCAGAAUAUCUUGCGGGUGGAUAGCUGGGGAACUGAUUUUACUUGAUAUCAUAUACUGUAUGUAUUUACCUGAUAUUCUUAUAUAGUUUUAAAUUACGUUCUUUUUUUGCUUAAUUCAGAAACCUUCAGAAAUAGUUGAGAACAAAACGUUAUAUAAACAUGACAGUGCACAUAUUUUAUUUUGCUAUUAGGAGUGUGUUUGAAAUUCAAUCAUGUUAUCAUUUUAUACAAAGGCAGUUCCAGCAGUGUUCUGUACAAACUUGACGAUUUCUAUUUGGACACUUCACAUAGAAACUAUUUUAUAAAAUUUUGUUAUAAAUAAACUUGGAGAUUUUUACUUGGAUAUUUUAUAUGAGUUAGAGUUUUGUUCUAUUUAAACUUGGAGAUUUUUACUUGGGAAUUUUAUAUGAGUUAGAGUUUUGUUCUAUAUAAACUUGGAGAUACUUUUUUCACCGGGAAUGACUGAAUUAGAAUCCCUUACUGGUUAAGUGGACUAUAAUUUGGUAAUUCACGGCAUACGUGUGGUGUGUUGUACCAUUUAUAUUUCUGAGCAGCAUGUUUUUUUGUUCGAAAGACAGCAAUAUAUAAAAGAAAAAUGGCAUAUCUUUUUUCUGGAAAACAAAGUAAGUAAACUGUUCAUAAAGAAUUAGUUCAACUGUUCAUGAAUAUUCUGCAAUUUUUUGAAUAAGGUACGCAUACAAAUUGAAACAGCCUUCGAAAUUAUCUGGCACGUUCCAACCAUCUUGAGCCAUCAAAGUGGUAGCAAAUUCACCAAAUUCGUCAGAAAAAUCUUCCACUGUACGUAUCGAAAUACUUGAAAAUUCUGAAACCUCGUCUAAAUCGACAUCUUUCAAAAAAUUCGUUCCUCCGUGUAAAUGAGGCAAAAAAUACAUUGUAUUGGGUCUUCCACUUGGACCGCCAUUUUUAGAUUUGGAAAUUAGAUGUUGAUUCCAUUCCUGUUUUACGGUUCGUAUUUCUUCACGGAUAAGGCGCAUAAAGCAAAAUCUUGCACAAUGGAGUAAAACAGCGUCUGAGGGAUCGUACAAAUCUCUAUCCACAAGGUCUUUGAAGAAGGAAACCCACCAACCAGGUCGGUCUCGACGCAGUUUAGACCAAUAUGCCUCUAUACGUUGAUUAACUGGUAAAGAUACAAUAGAAAAUGUAUCCAAGGCUUCACAAUCCCCAUUACUAUCGCGUAAGGAUAUAUGUAUAGGCUCGAUAAGGGAAUGCUCUGUACCGUCGUCAGCCUUUAUUUUGUUUGGAAUUCCCUUCAAUUGCGUUAUAGCUUCCAGGUAGUAUCUUGCUAUCAACUCUGGCACCUUGUUACUUGAUGAUACCUCCAACCAAAUAACCAAAUGAGUCUGCGUGAAUAGCCGUCAAUGCAUACGUGGAUGCUGAAUCCAAAGGGCUUCAAUUUGUCAUGCCCAUCAAUGUGCCAAACGAAAUUUGGACCAGGAUUUCUAUAAGUACGGCGUGAUAAUCUAUGUCUUCUUCGCUGAUCAACACCUUCCGGAUCAAUAUUUAGCAGAGUCUUACGAACAUCUUCCCUGCGUACAAUCAAUCCUUUACUUUUCAACGAUGCGCAUACACGACGAUAUCCAAGUUGAGCACCACUACCUUCAAGAUCAUUCUGUAUCGCAGCCUCUAAUUCAUUUACACUGCACCUUCGGGUAUUGAGUGGUCUUCUGAAUAGAUUUUUACGCUUCAAGUUUCUU